AGUGGAUGCGUUUCCGUAAGGAUUUAGAUGCGUUUUGAUGGCUCCAAACCUCAAAUCAGUUGGAAGAAGCGCCCGAAAGGCGGCCGUGAUGCCGGCAGCGGCGUUGAGAUCGAGAUAGUGGGAGAGAUGUUUUGCCACAGGCGCGCAAUGUCUACCUCUGAAACAUCGUGAACGCAGCUCUAACCACGACGAUCAAGCAAGGGGGUCCAAACCCCCUUGCUUGAUGGAGCCUUUAGAGUCGGUUUGGGAGGCUUCACCGGGUGUCGGCAUUUGCCGGAUUGCCGUUUCUGGUCAGUCGUUGUCCACGAUAUGGGUACUGGGCCAUGGUGGAUUGUGAGGUAGCCGGGUUCGGCGACGCGAGCGAUGUUGCGGGUGAGUCUGAGCGGGCGGCCGCCGCCGUCGAAGCGGGUAUACACGAGAAGGUGGGCGAUACUCGGACGGGCGGCGAGUGAGUCACGGCGAAAGUCGUCAUAUCAUUGCUUGGGCCUCAAGCUCUCAAGACGUAUAGUGCUUAUGUAUACCGCGACUAUUCGAGACGUGAGCCACUACGAUACCGUACGGUCAUGAGUCAACGAACAAAGUAGUUUAUAGUGGAAUAGAAAGGAGUAGAGUCGAGUCGAGGAUGAGUAAGACGAGAGAAAAGAAACAUAAAAGAGGAACAAACGACGGAUCUACGAGCACAGUGAGCAUUGGGCGCUCGCGCGAUGUAUGCGGGCGCUUAUGCUACCCUUGCGAUCCCGAUGCCUCAAAAUGGCGAAGUUAUCAAGGAAUCAUCAUGGUUGUCUCAUUCUCUGUGUAGUAAGCCGGGUGAGCUCGAUUCAUUC